GCUGUGGAAUUAAAACAAAAGUUUGCAAGAAGCGCAAACAAUGGCCCGAAUCUAAGUGGACCACCGCUUCACUGAGGCUGGCUGUUAGCCAUGAACGAGGAUGAACUAAACAUGACUCAAAAGGAGCAUUUUACAUUUGAAGAUGAACAUUUCGACUGCUGUAUUGAGGAGAACCUCUGGACUUUGGAUGACAGCACAAAGCUGGUUGGAGUUCAAGUUGUCCUCAUCCUCUCUUACAGCACAAUCAUCUUAUUUGGAGUCACUGGAAACUCCUUGGUGAUUUAUGUCGUCUAUAAAUUCAAAAACCUACGCACAGUGACCAACUUCUUCAUAGUGAACUUAGCUGUGGCUGACCUGCUGGUGAACACGCUGUGUUUGCCUUUCACUCUUGUCUACCUUCUCUAUGACGAUUGGAUGUUUGGUCAGGUGUUGUGCUUUUUGCUGCCUUUCGCUCAAGGCAUGGCUGUACACGUCUCCACCAUCACUCUGAACAUCAUCGCUUUGGACCGCCACAGGAGCAUCGUCCACCACAUGGAGACCAAGAUGUCCAGAGACAUGUGUACCGUGGUCAUCGUUAUCACAUGGGCUCUCAGCGCCUUACUGGCCAGCCCACUUGCCAUUUUCAGGGAGUUUGGGUCCUUUAACAUUUCCACCGAAGAGACCCUGCAGGUGUGCGCAGAGAAGUGGCCAGACAGCAGCAUGAAUGGAAAAAUCUACAGCUUCUCCAUGCUGGUGGUCCAGGUUGUCAUACCAUUGCUCAUCAAUUCUGUUGCAUACAUCCGCAUAUGGAACAAACUGAAGAAGCACAUGAUAUGCGGCCGCAAUGACAACCAGCGAAGGAAGAAGACCACCAAGAUGAUGCUGACCAUGGUGGUGGUCUUUGCUGUGAGCUGGCUGCCCUUCCACGCAUUCCAACUGGCUAUAGACAUUGAUAACAGUGUGCUGAAUAUAAAAGACUUUAAGCUGGUUUUCACUGUGUUCCACAUCGUGGCCAUGUGCUCCACCUGCGUCAAUCCCAUCCUGUACGGAUGGAUGAACAACAACUACAGGACGGCCUUUUUGUCUGUGGUCAAAUGUUACCGACCCCUUGCAGUCAGAUCCUCCAAAAACAGAGAGAAAGAAAAAGACGACGACAGGGACUGCACUGACUUCAGGUCAACAAACCUCUGAGAACACGGGGAGUAUUUAUUUGUCGACUCAAAAAUUCAGUCAGAAGCUUCUGUGUUUUUAUUUGGG